AACUUCUUUCCUCAGGAUUCACACGCGCUGUAAUAUUUGAAGUAAGUCAUAUGAUAACACGUCUUUUACGCAACCAAAGUGUCACCAGCUAUACGUUACCGCCAUUUCAAUUUUCAUGCAAAUAAGUGUCGCGAAAAACAAAUCUUUCCAAAAUAGACCUUUGACUUGAGUCGGUCCUCUUUCAGCGAGCUUGAUGCACAAUGCAAAGCACUGUUGUUUUGGUUUUUAUUUUGACCUGUGUUUUUCCAUCCAUCCGAGAUGAAGUGAUCGCUUCACCCUUAGCACCUGUCUAUCACCACCCUAUCUGUAGUACUACAUGCCUGGUCUUGUUUUGCUAAUCACCGGAGAUCCUGUGAUCAUGUGAGCCCAAAAAAUAUGAAGUAUAUAAAGUAUGUCGCGGAUACAAUACUGCUAUAAAUAAAGAGGUUCGCGAAGAAAGAGUUUUUUUGUGUUCAAGUUUAGUUUGCAACGUAUUGUCAAUGACUCAGAGGGAAAUUAGGGCGCACCGCAGAUGCGACAUUGAAAAGUCAGAAAAAAACGGAUUUGUCUUUAAUUGAGUACUCUGGUCAGUGGUAGURCCAUCCUGUCUGCCCGCAUGUGGUAGUGUACCAUCAUCCUGUACGCGUGCUUGGCAGCAUAACCCAUGGGGCAUUAACAUUACUCAUCAUUAAGUUCCUCGUGAAUUCAAACUGCGCAGCAGCUCUAACACCAUUAGAGCGUUUGUGGUAAGAGUGACAGGAGAAAAAUACGGUACGAAAUGUCGUAAUAUUGGAAUGGCUUCCCCCCGGGCUUCCAAUCGUCUUCCAGUAAUUCAUCUAAUCUCAACGUGCGCAGUUACGCCUACGGUACCAAGCCUAACCUUCAGUAGUGGAGUAACAGUUGAAGGCAUGAGGACUGUAGCUGUAUAUAUUGCAAGUGUAUGUCAGGAUCUACAGGAAUAUGGCCCACUUCUGGGAGAAUCUUCUUUACAAAGAGCUGAAAUUGAUCAGUGGUUGGAGUACAGACAGACUGAUGUUGAGAAGGCUUUACGUGACAAAAAUUUAACAAAACCUGUUUUGCAGGAUUUCAACUGUCAUCUGGCAAAUAAGAUCUAUCUUGUUGGCAACAAACUAUCCCUUGCAGAUGUCAUACUUUACUAUGCCCUCCACGGUAUUAUAAAACACAUGAUGCCCCAAGAAAAGGAAAUGUAUACGAAUAUAUCACGCUGGUUUAACCAGGUUCAAUCUAUUCUUGCAGCAAGACAAGGCCUCUCUCUAAUAACAUUUCAACGCAAUCAGCUGUAUUCCUAACCACACGAAUGCCUGAAUGUUGUAAAAAAUCUAAUAAAACAAUUCAUUCAA